UCUCGCUGCAAGGGAUAUCACCCCCCCCGAUGGACUUGAUAUAGGACAAGAACACACUUUAUUUUUUUACUUUUUAAAAAUCUGAAAAUAAGUGGCGUUUUGCUGACGAACAACUAACUUGUAAAUUCUAACCGAUCUCACCGGUGCCGGUUUGGAUGUGUUGGAUGUGCUUUGCGCUCCACAGCGAGGCAGACGGACAGGUUUUACGCAAGCCUCGGCGUGCGGCUUCACCCCCGUGGAUGCGGCUGUCGGGGUCCCUGUCUGCGCCCUGCGGGACCCGCCUGUCAUAGGGCACCAUGAUCUCCGUGGCGCUUCACAAGUGGAUGAGGAGUAUUUCACCGGAGAUGCUGCUGUUGGUGCAGAUAUUGUGGUUUUUACCUCUGACUGGAGCCGCUCCGUCUCUGACUAACGAGCAGCUGGACACAGGGGUGGACUGGCUGAGUAAGUUUGGCUACCUCCCGCCCCCUGAUCCAGUGACUGGUCAGCUUCAGACCACGGAGGCCCUGACCAAGGCCAUCAAAGCCAUGCAGAAGUACGGAGGGCUGAAGGAGACCGGAGUCUUGGACCAAGCCACACUGGGCCUAAUGACAACACCCAGAUGUUCUUUACCAGAUGUCUCUGAGUCCGAGGUCACAAUGGGCCGCAGGAAACGAAGCCUGACUCCUCAGAACAAAUGGAAAAAGAGACAUCUGUCCUGGAGAGUGAGGACCUUCCCCAAGGAUUCGGCCUCACUGGGCCGGGACACGGUCCGAGCCCUGAUGUACUACGCCCUGAAGGUCUGGAGUGACAUCGCACCGCUAAACUUCCAUGAAGUGGCCGGCAGUGAUGCGGACAUUCAGAUUGACUUCACGAAGGCCGACCACAACGAUGGGUAUCCCUUUGACGGGCCGGGGGGAACCGUGGCGCACGCAUUUUUCCCCGGAGAGAGGUUCACAGCUGGAGAUACACACUUUGAUGAUGACGAGGCCUGGACCUUCAGAUCUCCAGACUCUCAUGGGAUGGAUCUGUUUGCGGUGGCGGUCCAUGAGUUUGGCCACGCCAUCGGCCUGGUCCACACCUCAGCCAUCGAGUCCAUCAUGAGGCCGUACUACCAGGGUCCUGUAGGAGACCCUCUGAAAUACGACCUACCCUAUGAGGACAAGGUCCGCGUCUGGCAGCUCUACGGUGUCAGAGACUCGGUGUCCCACACAAACCGACCAGGCGACCCCUCCCAGACAACUGAACCUCCUGUCCUGCUGGACCUCCCUGAAAACAGAUCCACCCUCCUGCUGGCUCGAGAUGCCCCAGACAGAUGCACCAGUCACUUUGAUGCAGUGGCCCAGAUACGAGGGGAGGCCUUCUUUUUCAAAGGGAAGUACUUUUGGCGACUAACGAGAGAGAAGCACCUGGUGUCUCUGCGUCCGGCUCAGAUCCAGCGCUUCUGGAGGGGCCUCCCAACCAAUCUGGACCGUGUGGAUGCUGUUUAUGAGCGGCCUGGGGACCACAAGAUAGUCUUUUUCAAAGGUCUACAGUACUGGGUAUUUCAAGACAACAUUGCUGAGGAGGGCUACCCUCGUCCAAUCAGUGACUUUGGCCUGCCCUUGGAAGGAGUGGAUGCAGCCUUUGUGUGGUUACACAACGACAAAACCUACUUCUUCAAGGACAGCCACUACUGGCGCUACGAUGACCACCUGAGGCGUAUGGACCUGGGCUACCCCAAAGACAGCUCGCUCUGGAAGGGGCUGCCGACACAACUGGAUGACGCCAUGAGGUGGUCUGACGGCUCAUCCUAUUUCUUCAAGGGGAAGGAGUACUGGCGAGUGCCGACCAGCGCCAUGGAGGCGGAGGCCGGGUCCCCGCGCCCCAUCGCUAAAGACUGGCUGCUGUGCACCGAGAUGCAGUCGGACUCUCCGGACUCGGAGCCCAAAAGCACGGAGACGAGAGUCAACGUGCCGCCUCAGCCGGACCACGCGGAGAACGGCUACGAGGUGUGCUCCUGCACCUCUGGCGGCGCCUCUCCUUCGGGAGCGCGGCCCUCCCCGUCUCCCGUGUGGCUGCUGCCGCCUCUCUGGACGCUCUCGCUGGCCCUCCGCUCAGAACCGCUAUGAUGCCAAAGCAUGGGACAACGCUCCUGAGCUGACAGGUGAAGGGCCAGUCGCCAGCUCAGUGGAAGCCUCGUCUUACAAUAGCUUUGGUAUCCUUUGGUUAUUUAUCUUACAGGUCGUUUGGUGGACACUGCCAGAUUAAGUAGUCAUCCGUAUAGGCAUCAACCCACACAUGCUUUACAAAGUGUUUUCCUGAAUUGUCAAACUGCCUCAUAUGUGGAAGGAGAAAUACUGCAAGUUAUAGAAACAUAUUCCAAAUGCACUCAGCAUAAUUAUCGGUCUUCAUGUGCAGCAGAUGUUCAGCUGCAGUGCCUCAUAUACAGAUGAGAUAAAGGUAUCCUUGAAUUUAAGCAGGCGCAAAGGUGAACAGCGUACCGACACACACACACACACAUACCCACUGUUGUCUAUUUCUUUUGUAAUUAAAGCAGAUGUUUUAUUACACGGUCCAGUUCCCCAGAAAUUGUUCAAAACUAGUUUAAAAAUGGUAAAAAUAUUGUUAGCACUUUUUUAUGACGCUAUUAUUUCAUUCUGCUGUGCUCUUGCUUGUGAAUAGUAUGAAUGAAGUUAAUCUUGAUUUUUUUUUUUUUUAUCACCUCAAUACCUAUUCCCAUACAGCUCUAGUCGCACCGAGCCAUGUAGGCAGUUUGAUUAUCAUGUAAUAGUUUCUGCCGACAGCUCAAUACAGUGGAGGUGAGUUUAUUUGUGCAGUGCAACGCUGUAAAACUAGUUGCAAUGGAAAUAGUUCAAAACUAAGUUAGACAGUAACAGGGACUCUUGAAUUGGAAGUUAUGAAAGUAAUGCAGAUUUACUUUGCUGUGUGCACCACAAACAUUCAAUCUGCAAACUUCUGACUGCGAGAGCCUCCAGGAGGUCCGAUGUGUCGGUGGACUCGGUCUGUACUCUGAAUGGAGGCGCUGCUGCACGCGUACCUUUUCCCAUGGUUUCAUCAUUUUCACCUCUGGUUCAGAAGCAUUCCCUCUUGCUCUUGGUUUAGCUGUAUCUUUUGUAUCAAAUUCAGAUGAAAUAAUCUUCCUGUUUAUUUAACAUUGCUUAGGCCAUAGUUUAUAGAGACUUUUUUCUGGACUGUUGGAUGAUUUAUCACCCUGAGCUCCUUCUGAAUAAGUCACAACGUGGUCCCUGGAUUUAUUCUUGCCGUAAAGAUAUAUUUACCUAUAGACCGAUAUAUUUGAGUUGAAGGGUUCUGCACUUACUGCAUAACCGAGUGGUCUGUGUAUAUUUUAAGCUGUGUUUUAUAAUGUAAAAUAUUUUUUUAGAAAAAGAUUAAAAAACAUCUGAAUGAC